CGCAACAUUGUUUAGGGGAGCAUCAUUCGCACUGAACUUGUACAGUGAAUCGUUAAGAAUUUAUUUUUCUUUUAAUUAAGAAGUACCAAGAAGUAAAGAUGAACUUUUCCCGCAUUUUCUUCUUUGUGUUCGCUCUGGUCCUCAGUCUGUCGGCGGUGUCCGCGGCUCCUGAACCGAAAUGGAAGGUGUUCAAGAAAAUUGAGAAAGUUGGACAGAACAUCCGUGAUGGAAUUAUCAAAGCGGGCCCAGCAGUAGCGGUAGUGGGACAGGCAACGAGCAUUUACAAAGGAAAGUAGAAGUUGUCGACUGCUCUAGAUGACUGCCAUACUGAAGCGUUUAUACCGUAUACUGCCUACCUAUGAUUGUAUUUUAAUUAACUUAUUUAUUAAUUUGUAAGUCCUUAAUAAAGGUAUUUAUUACAACCUU